AUGAAGCGGAGUUACGAUGCUAUGAAUUCAUCUAUAGAAAUAAGUUCGUAUCGUGAUCAACAUUUUAAGGGGUCUCGUAAUGAACAAGAAAAGUUAUUACGUUUGUCAUCAACACUUUACAUAGGAAAUUUAUCAUUUUAUACAACAGAAGAACAAAUUUAUGAAUUAUUCAUGCGCUGUGGUGAAAUAAGAAGAGUAAUUAUGGGUUUAGAUAAAUACAAGAAAACACCGUGUGGUUUCUGUUUUGUUGAGUAUUAUGCUAGAGCAGAUGCAGAAAACUGUAUGAGGUACAUUAAUGGCACUAGAUUAGAUGAUAGAAUUAUUAGAUGUGAUUGGGAUGCCGGUUUUAUUGAAGGUAGACAAUACGGACGAGGAAAAACAGGUGGCCAGGUCCGAGAUGAGUACAGAACAGAUUAUGAUGGUGGUAGAGGUGGUUAUGGUAAAAUAAUAGCUCAGAAGAUAACUCCAAAUACAUUAGAACGC